UUCUGCCUGAAAUCAUUUACUUCAAGGACUGCAGGAUGACAGAACGUGGAAUAAAAUGGGCUUGUGAGUAUUGUACAUACGAAAACUGGCCAUCUGCGAUCAAAUGUACCAUGUGCCGUGCUCAAAGACCUAGUGGAACUAUUAUAACAGAAGAUCCUUUCAAAAGUGGUUCAAGUGAUGUCAGUAGAGAUUGGGAUCCUGCAAGUAUUGAAGGAGGCAGCAGCCCUUUGAUAUGUCCAGAUUCCAGUGCAAGACCAAGAGUUAAAUCAUCCUACAGUAUGGAAAGUGCAAAUAAGUGGUCAUGCCACAUGUGCACAUACUUGAACUGGCCUCGUGCAAUACGAUGCACACAAUGCUUGUCUCAGCGUAGAACCAGGAGUCCCACAGAAUCCCCUCAGUCUUCAGGGUCUGGUUCAAGACCAGCUCCUUUCUCUGUGGAUCCUUGUGAGGAGUACAAUGAUAGAAAUAAACUAAACAUGAGGACACAGCACUGGACCUGUUCAGUCUGUACGUAUGAAAACUGGGCUAAAGCCAGAAAGUGUGUUGUGUGUGAUCACCCAAGACCCAACAACAUUGAAGCAAUAGAAUUGGCAGAAACAGACGAAGCUUCCUCAAUAAUAAAUGAACAAGACAGAACUCGAUGGAGGGGCAGCUGUAGUAGUGGUAAUAGCCAAAGAAGAUCACCUCCUACAACCAAACGGGAAUCUGAAAUGAAAAUGGACUUUCAGAGAAUUGAGCUGGCUGGAGCCGUUGGCAGCAAAGAAGAACUUGAAGUUGACUUCAAAAAACUAAAGCAAAUAAAAAACAGAAUGAAGAAGACUGACUGGCUGUUUCUUAAUGCUUGUGUUGGGGUUGUAGAAGGUGACUUAGCUGCUAUUGAAGCAUACAAGUCGUCAGGAGGAGAUAUUGCACGCCAGCUUUCUGCAGAUGAAGUACGCUUGUUAAAUCGCCCUUCCGCUUUUGAUGUGGGAUACACACUUGUUCAUCUUGCUAUACGUUUUCAAAGACAAGAUAUGCUAGCAAUUCUUCUUACAGAGGUAUCCCAACAUGCAGCUAAGUGCAUUCCAGCUAUGGUAUGCCCAGAGCUUACUGAGCAAAUUCGACGUGAAAUUGCUGCAUCUCUUCAUCAGCGGAAGGGAGACUUUGCCUGCUAUUUCCUAACUGACCUUGUAACAUUUACAUUACCUGCCAGUAUUGAAGACUUGCCACCAACAGUCCAAGAGAAAUUAUUUGAUGAAGUACUUGAUAGAGAUGUUCAAAAAGAACUUGAAGAAGAAUCUCCCAUUAUUAACUGGUCACUGGAAUUGGGUACGCGUUUGGACAGUAGACUUUAUGCUUGGAAUCGGACUGCAGGGAUUGCCGCUUGAUCAGUACUACAGCCACUGGGCAUUUGAAAGGACUCGGUGCUACGUAAAGCGCUUCAUGACAGUUUACAUGAUUGUUCUCAUUGGUUCUAUACACGAUGGAAAGAAUGGGAGUCAUGGUACUCCCAAAGCUUUGGUUUACACUUCUCACUGCGAGAAGAACAGUGGCAGGAAGACUGGGCAUUUAUACUUUCGCUUGCUAGUCAGCCUGGAGCAAGUUUGGAACAGACACACAUUUUUGUACUUGCACAUAUUCUUAGAAGACCAAUUAUAGUUUAUGGAGUAAAAUAUUAUAAGAGUUUCCGAGGAGAAACUUUAGGAUAUACCCGUUUUCAAGGUGUAUAUUUGCCUUUGUUAUGGGAACAGAGUUUUUGUUGGAAAAGCCCUAUUGCUCUGGGCUACACAAGGGGCCAUUUCUCUGCUUUGGUUGCCAUGGAGAAUGAUGGCUAUGGCAACCGAGGUGCUGGUGCUAACUUGAACACUGAUGAUGAUGUUACUAUUACUUUUUUACCAUUGGUCGACAGUGAAAGGAAGCUGCUGCACAUUCACUUCCUGUCUGCUCAAGAGAUUGGUAAUGAGGAACAACAGGAGAAGCUGCUCAGGGAGUGGCUGGACUGUUGCGUGACGGAGGGUGGAGUCCUAGUUGCUAUGCAGAAAAGUUCUCGCCGGCGCAACCAUCCCCUGGUAACACAGAUGGUAGAGAAAUGGCUUGAUCGCUAUAGACAAAUUCGCCCCUGUACAUCCCUUUCAGAUGGAGAAGAAGAAGAUGAUGAUGAUGAUGAAUGAUAAAAUUGAGAUACCUGGCUGAGAAUAAUGUGUGGUGAGAUCCCCCAACACUUGGGGCGUGCUCUAGCAAUUUGUUACACAACGACCUAAUUGUAGCAGGAAGCAGCCUGCGUAAGAUUUUUAAUCGGCAUGGGGAGAAUUCAGAGGCUCAACAUAUAUGUGAAGACAGCUACGUUGAUUGGACUACAGUUUGUAAAAAAGCAAAGCCCUAAUUUUAUUACCAAGACAGAAAGCAUUUUUCUUUCCAGUUGUACAUCUGCCUAUAAAUGUACCGCAUGUAGUUGUGUAAGAAAGUUGUGUAAUUGGAAAAAGUAUUACCAGCAUCUUAAAAUAAUUGAAUUUGAAUAAGGGCACUUAAAAGCACACCGUAGAUUAAUAUUUGUUCUUUUUGAGACUUAACAGUAAAACUUGGUUCUUCUGCAUCACUUCCUAAGCAUUCUAACAGACCCAUUUUAUAUGAAAUCUUCCUAAUGCCCAGGUCAGAUGAUGUGGCUUUUCUUUUUGCUGUUAAAGCCAUAUAUCCAGAGUGAGUCAAAAGUACAAGCAGUUCAUUGUUUUUAUUCAGAUUUGAGUUACUUUUGUGCCCAUUAUAAUAAGAUGAAAUGCUAAAGGGAAAAAAAAACAACCUAAGGAAGGGAUGAUAGGUUUUGAUUGAGUGAACUUUGUUUUUUGUGUGUAAAGGAUUCUCUGCUGUCCGUUAAUAUUUUGUAUCCCUUAUUUGGAAUAUUUCCCCCCUUUCCAGCAUACUUAAAGUAGUCAGAGAAGUACUGUUCCAGAGAGCUAUAUGCUAACUACCGUGUGGAAUCUGCUACAUCUAAACUGAACUGAAAAAAAAACUGCAUUUUGUCCAAACCUGAUCUUGCUGUAAGUUGUACAAUAGAAAUUACUCUUUUAUCAAGCCUUUCCCCUGCAAGUUAAAAUCACCUCCAUUAAGGAGCACUCCUUGGUCAUUAAAAUCGAGUGAGAAAGCACUUUGGCAGUUUUCCUUAAAAGCCUUCAUUCUAAAGCUUUGUUUUAAAGUACUGUAUAUUAUCUUUUCUUGGUAUGUAAACUUUGGAAUUUUUUGCAUGUUGAUUGAUUGUGGCCACAUUUGAAUAUGUAAGUUUCCUGAAAGUAUAAGUUCAGAAUAUAUUCUCCAGUAGAAAAUUCUUUUUUUUAUUAUACUUGAUAACUUUAGCCAUGCUAUCUUGAAUGGAUAUAGCCUAUCCAAAAACCUCACUUUAAAAAAAAAACACUAAAGGUUGAAUAGUUUUGUAUGCAUAAAGCAGAUCCUGAUAAGCACUUUUUGAAGACUAAUGAUGGUGGAAAUGAGGACAAGGAACCUCUUGCAAAAUAGAUUUCCUUGUUUAUGAAUCUGGACAGGAGCCGUACAUUUACAUAUGUGUAAAAAUAUAUAUAGGAACCCUUCAGAAUUUGCUGCUUUUUCUAAAUGUGGAUUAGAUGGUGUUGAAAUAUA